GCUGCAUUGUGUUAUUUACCCACUCGAUACAACAAUGUGAUUGAAUUCUACCACAUAGAAAUACCGACUGCAUAUAGAAAUCAAGGCCUAGGUGAUCUGUUACUAGCAAAAGCAUUUGAAUGGGUAGAAAAGAAGAGCAUGCGAGUUAUACCGACUUGUCCAUUUGUAUUGGGAUAUUUAGAGUCGCAUUUCCCAGAUAAAAAGACCGGCAGUUGGUCAUGUAUUUUUACACAGUGCAUAAAAUAA